AUGCCGCCACGUAUGAGAGGAAGAGGAAGGGGACAAGGAGCAUAUGUAGCCCCAAACGACCAUGAAGCCGGACCUUCGCACAGGCGAACACCUUCAGGCUCCCAUAACACAGAUGCUCAAAAUCUGUGGAGGUCUUUUACUGAACCCGCAAGGCACUCGGUUUCACAGAGUACCUCACCUUCUAUCCCACACUCCUUUGGGCCUCAAUCAGAAAAUGAGCCCCACAACUCUCACCAGUCCUAUAUUCCACUCCAAGGACACCAAUCACCCUUUGACCACCCAUCACCUGUUUUCCAGGGCCUGUUCAACCCUGCUGACUACCUUCAUGUGCCUAUGGGUUUUAACCCACUUGGACCAGAAGACCAUUUCCCUGGCGACAAUGCGAUGGAGGUCGAUGAAGAUACCGAUCCCUCAAUGCCACCAUCUGGAACUCCGAACCACCCUAUCGAGAUUUCUGAUGGGUCACCUUUCGUGGGAUCACCAUACAAUGGUCCCGACAGCUUUGAGCCGCAACACAGCUCUCCCUUGCACCCCCAGCAGCAGCAGCAGCAGCCACAGCAGCAGCAAAAUCCUUCUGAGGAUUUCCGGCGUGAUGUAGUCACUCCACCGCCGCCACCACCUCCGGUUUUGCCUCCUCCGCCUCCGAGGCGAAGAGGAAGGAACGCACGGAUGUCCAUACGAGGGGGAAUACGCAUCGGCACCCCUCCACAUUCAGAUAGCAGCCGAUACUCGCCACUUCACGAAGAACCAGAGAUGGGAGAAUCUUCACAUCCCGUCUCAGAAGUAACUUCUGCACCAAUCGCGCCACCACCACCACAGGAUUUCGGAAACCCAAUCCCUGCUUAUACUAGCGCGGCAGCAUACAAUCCCUUCGAGCAGACUUUUCCCCCAGGUUAUAACUUUACAGAGGAUCCCUACUGGGUAGCUGCGAACUAUAACUCUCUACAUCCGGAAGGUACUUUUGGAGGUCCCUGGGCUAAGGGACAAUCGACCUAUGGAUACCCAUCAUAUGGAUAUCAGCAGCCGCAGCCUCCUCAACCACCGCAAUAUCCGCUACCACCGCCGGCACCGAUGAUGUCGCCGCCACAAGUUCAAGAAAUCCUUCAAGGGAUAAAUGAUGUGCGACGUGAGAUGCGGCAUGAGUUACGGGAAGAGUGUCGGCAUAAUCGUGGGAUGUUUAAGAAGAUGAAUCUAGAUUCAAAUUUAGAAAUUUGUCCAAGUGACUAG